AUGGCUGCUCGCGGGACACAGGCCGUAAAGAAGGCCUUCGAGGCGAACAGCAGCAUCACCGACCUGAAGCUCGCAGCAAAACGGCUCGGUGACGAGGGGGCCAAGGCCCUCGCCGAGAUCCUCAGGACGAACCGCACCGUCACCCGCAUCAACCUUCAGAGCAACCAGAUCGGUGAGGAGGGGGCCAAGGCCUUAGCCAAGGCCCUCAAGACGAACCGCACCGUCACCAGCAUCGAGCUUUAUGGCAACCAGAUCGGCCAUGAGGGAGCCAAGGCCUUAGCCGAGGCCCUCAAGACGAACGGCAGCGUCACCCAAAUCUACCUCGAUGGCAACCAGAUCGGUGAUGAGGGAGCCAAGGCCUUAGCCGAGGCCCUCAAGACGAACGGCAGCGUCACCUCCAUCGACCUCGCUGCCAACCAGAUCGGUGCCGAGGGAGCCAAGGCCUUAGCCGAGGCCCUCAAGACGAACGGCAGCGUCACCUUUAUCCAGCUUGACCGCAACCAGAUCGGUGCCGAGGGAGCCAAGGCCGAAGCCGAUAUAAGAGAGGCCUGCAAGAGGAAUCAGGCUGCCCACAGGGAGCAGAAAAACAAUGAACGUCGCCAACAGCUGGAGAAGUGGCAGAAAUCGGGCAGGGCGCCGUUGCCAGUGGUCCGUCUUUGCUUCGUCGGCCGGGGUCGCGCCGGAAAGACGACCACCAUGAGGCGGCUGAGGGGCAAGCAGCCAAGUCGCGACGAAGUCUCCACACACGGUGUGCACGUCUGGGCCGGACAAGCCCAGGAGCAUCUCUCGCAUGAGUGGGAGGAGUGCGAUGCGCGAAUGUACGAUGAGACUGCCUGUCGUGAGCGGAGGAGGAGGAGGAGGAGCACCGCCGCAAGCUCCACGUACAAGCCAGAGGCGUUGGUCGGAAGGCAGCCAGCCCCAGAGUCCCCGGGGAUGCCUCCGGAAGAGUCCGAGCGCGCAGAUGCCACCGCCGCAGGCGCUACGGCCAAGGCAAGUCAGCGCGAUGCCGAGCCCAAGGAGGAGCUGCCAGAGACCGUGGGGCCGCGGCUAUUGGACGACCUGGCCUUGGAGUCCAGCUCUUCUAGCGAUAGCGAAGGCGAAGAUGCAAAUCCCGCGCUGCGGCCCAGACUCCAGUGCUGGGACUUCCCCGGCCAGCAGGCAUACGUCCUCUGUAACCUGCUCUACUUCCACGGCCGCGGCAUCUACGUGGUCUUCUGCGACACGAGCUGUGGCUUGGAGGAGGCGUGGCAGGAUCUCAAGUUCUGGUUGUGGGCGGUGGCCCAGUAUGCGGUGGACGCUGACCAUGGCUACGAUGGCUUGGCCUCAAACUCCUCGCAGAGCUCUGAGUCGGCCCCACCAGUCGUGAUCGUUGGCACCAAGUGGGCCAGUCGGCAUCCAGACUUCGACAAACAAAAGAUGGAGGAGCGCAUCAACCUCUUGCUUCAGCAGCUGCCCCGGCUGAGCCGCCAACUUCAGCGAGUCGGGGACAACCUGGGAUGGCUGCAUCCGGUAGAGAACUUCUCCGAGAAUGCAGAAGCAGACAUCGGGCCCUUGCGAAGCAGUCUCCAGCGGCUCGCAAGCGAAGUCCUCUCGCCCAUUCCAGAAUGGGAAAGAACGGCACCGGCACGUUCUGCCACGCCACCGCACGUCGGACUGCAGGCAGAGCUACAUCCAGCAGCGUGGUUGCUUGCGCACGACCUGCUUUCCGAGCUGGGUGAGUCCUUCGAGCUCAAGGUCGACCCGAAUGACCUUGACGCCAGCCUUUCGCGUCCGCGCCAAAUAGGCGUAGGGGGUUCGGCUGUGCUGUCAAAGGACCUGCAAGGGACCCAUGCUGUGCUCGGGCACCGCUUCGUGGCCCCGGAGUCCGCCCAUGUGAGCUGGAAGAGCGGGCAUGAUGUAGCGGCAACGGAGCUGAUUGUUCGGGUGCAGUGCCACUCGCUGCGACUCGAGCAAGUCGAAGCGUUACUUGGUGGCAUGAGGCCAAUCGGCAUUUCCAAAGAGGAGGUGCCCAAGGUGCUGCGACUUCUGCACUCCUUGGGGACGCUGUUCUGGUUCGACGCAGAUGAGUUGGGGAGAUGCGUGGUGUUGAACAUCAGGAGGGUUGCAGUGGCGCUCUCCUCCAUCAUGAGCUUGCGAUUCUGGGAAGAGAGCGGCCUCGAACACUCGGAGGAGUACAAGAACACGAUCGAUGACGUCAGCAGGAGCAUGACCCAGGCGGUGUAUCGCUUCAAGACAAGCGGCAUCAUAACUUGGGAUCUCCUCAAGAAGCUGUGGGCCAGGGAAGGCAUCACCGAUCUGGAGAGGAAGGUCAUGCUGGAGAUCAUGGUGUCACGAGGCCUCGUUCUGAGACGGCUUGUCCAAGACGAGUUUACGGUGCCGUGCUGUUUGCCUACGGCCUUUAUUCCGGAACCUCGCGCUGCUGAGAGCAAGAUCGUCUAUCUUGAUGUCGCUGGCUUCAUCUCGUCGAACCUCUUCCCCGAGAUUGCUGGACGCCUCUGCAGGCUGAGAGCUGCGGCUGCUUGCAAUGGCAACAGCUCAGAAGGGCAGACUACACUGAGGCCCGGGGCGCCCCAAAUCUUCCGGAACCGCAUGGAGUUCCGCACAGACAAGGAUGCCUUGGUAAGCAUCUCGCUCUUCCCGACCACCCCCCGCAUUCAGCACAAGCUCCAUAAGCUCCUUCGUCUGGUGGUCACGCAGGCAGGCGCCCGUUCAGCUGAGGAGCUCCAGGCGGACGUCCAGGACAUUGUCGAGGACCUUUGCAGAGCCAUGGGCCUGAGCAGCAAGUCGGUGCACGUGCUCGGGACCGAGGCCCUGACACAGCACCCCGUAUUUCGAGGUGUCGAUUGCGACCGCAUCAAGGACAUCGAGGGCUUCGUCAGACGCACGCCUUGCCUCCAAGCCGACUGCAACGCCACCUGCCCCCAUUGCAAGCUGGCCGAGUUGCUGGAAGAGCGCUUCGACGGCGACUUCAGUCAAGGCCUGCGGGACGCCAUCGAUCGCUCCUCGCUUCAGAGGCUGACACGUCCUGCUGGCAGCUUCCGGUUCCAGCAGGUGCUCCACCCGUGCGAUGUGGACCUUGAGGAGUAUGUCGUGGUGAGCAUGCAGGCUACGGAUCUGAAGGAGACGGAGGAGACACAGAAGCGAGCCGCGGGAGCCGCCAUCAGAGCUUUGAUGCAGCUGCUCCAAGACCUCUGCAAAGCAGCUUCCACAUGCAGCUCUGAGACGACUCUGCACGUGGUUGCGCUAAAGGCUGGCAAGAAUCCGGAGAAGCCAGGCGAGUCUCUGAGCUGGUCCGUGAGCGAAGUGAUGGCAGGAGAGAAGAAGUGCCUUCAGAGUGCAGAGCCAGUGAAGCUGGAGGAUGCUUUGCAGCAGCAGGGAGGACGGACGGCCAAGAUCGACUUUUACGUCAGGUGCGGGCUUCUUGAGAGGAGCAUGGAAGAUGCGCCGCGCUUCUAUGAGCUCACGAACGUCAUCCGCUGCGGCUACGAUCCCGGCAACAGCUUGGUUCACCCAGUGACUCCUGAGGUUGACUUCCUUCAUGUGGUGGAGAAGGGCAUGCGUGAGUACUCGGGCCCGCAUCCCAAAGCCAUGAAGCUCGCAGCUCUUCUGCACGCGAAACGCCUGUGGGAGCACAGCGCGUACUUGGCGCAGCGGUCCAUCGACGUCGAGAAGCACUUGGCUGUGCUCCAGGCCCUGAAGCCGAUCUUCGGAGGAUGGCCGGCCCAGCUGGCGCAGGUCGCCGCGCAUGCGGAGACACUUCGGGACAUGCUGUCGAGGACAAGCUUGCACAGAGAAGCCCUGAACGACAUUCCAUGUCUGAGUGAAAGCUUGAGAAGGCUCCAGGUGCAGCUCAAGGUGGAAGGGCCCGGACGGGAGGCGGCAAUGGAUGGUAGCGCAUGCAUCGAGGAUGUCCUGACGAGACUUCACCAGGUCCAGGAGGGUUCACAGGAUGUCAUGAGCUUGCCGGCGAGCGCGUGGGAAGCUGUAUUGGAACAAGUCCAUGAUGUGCUGGAGGGCUGCGUGGAGCUUGCGGUGGUCAACUGGUUCGGAAGCUCGCAGAACUUCAAGCGCCCCAUCGUCGAGCCCCUCCGGCAGUCGUGGGACUUCCCCUCAGACCAUCUGCCCGUCGGGGCCCAGGUGGCCAUGAACAUGAAAACCGGAAGUGGUCAGGAGGGGCCGAGCAAGAGCCUCUACGUCUGCUCCUGGAACAUCCUAAACAGGCACUACAUGAAGUUCAUCGAGGAAGACUUGCAGGGGCUCAAGGGCGCCCGAUUGCAGCAGAUCAGUGCCGAGCAGAGGGCCCAGGAGAUCGUCGAUGCCGUCAUGGAGAUGCUGUGCCACGAGACGCGUCCGAAAGCUGUCCUCUGCCUGCAGGAGUGCUGGUCCGAGCUGCUCGACCUGCUGGAGGCGGAGCUGCUUGCGGAAGGCUAUGGCAUGCUCUGCACGGGCACGGACAGGAGCCAGAAGAACCAGGAGGCAAUCAUCUUCGAUAAGACCUUCCUGGCGCUCCGUGACUUCCGGUGCUAUCCGUACGCGUCCGAGCCGAAGAAGGUUGUUGCCGUGGCCCUCUUUCACUGGCUGGGAGAAGCGGGCGACGAUGGCCAGCUCCGGGUCAUCACCACGCAGCUUGCCAUUGGGCAGUGGCACCUCCCGGGCCGGCCCUACGGUCCCGCGCGGCUGGAGUUCUGCGACUGCGUCGCCGGCCUCGUCAAAGAGGAUUGCGGCUCCGUCCCCACUCUGCUGGCCGGCGACCUGAACUUCCCUCAAGAGGCGAUUGGCCCGCUACUCAGACAGACGGGCAAGUUGACAGAGGUGCACUUUGCAGCGAUCCCGUACCCGACCAACAUCUGUGAUGCAGCGUGGAUCGACAGUAUCGCGUCUCUGUCGCCCGCUCACCUCUUGAAGGUCAAAGCGUUGGAAGCGGACAACGUCCUUUCGGGCCUGCAGCGGCACAUGGAUCUUCUGUGCUACAGGCGAGUGUGGGUGUUGGCCUGGGUGUAUUUGCAGCCUCGUGGCGGCAAUUUUGAUGUCCACCUCACAAGGUGCCUGGGCCUGGAUUUGCCUCCAGGCGCUGCGGCUGCUGACGAGGCCGUGAUAUCUGGGUCGAACGCCGGGCCUGGGAAUAUUCGACACGAGGCAAAGGCACAGGCUGCCAGGGUGAGGGGCAUCCGCGCGGCCCAGUUCCGGCGGACCCGUGGCACCCAGGAUUUCGCAGUGAGGGAGACGGGAGACAGGACAGAGCGCACAUUUGCAGCUGCAAAGCCGUUGCAGGAGCUCGCGGCUGCCAAGGCUGGGGCCGAGGACGGUUUUGCUUUGAAAUGUUCAUCGCCAGCAGAGUUUGAGCAUGCUGGUCUCUUCCUCCAGCCUGGCGACGUCCGUGCGACCGGGAGUGGCGACCACAUCCUCGGUGGCUAG